AUGACAUCCACAGAGGUCGAGGCCCUGCAGGCCAAGCUCGCCAAGAGCGAGCGGAACAGGCAGAAGCUGCGGGACAGCCUCGCCCUCCUCAAGGAGCGGGCCCUCAACACCGUGGAGCUGGUGCAGCAGCACGGCGCCCUGAAGGCAUUGGUGUCCAGCGAGCAGGAGGCGCGUGCGCUGGCGGAGCAGGCGCUGACGGCGGAGCGGUCGGCGGCGCAGGCUCAGAUCCAGGCGCUGGGGCGGCGCCUGGACGACCUGGUGAGCGCGCAGCGCGCGGAGCGCGAGGCCGUGCAGCGCCAGCUGGCCGACCUGGCGCGCCAGGUGGAGGGGCUGCGUUCCCUGACGGCUGCAGCCCGGGACGGCGAUGGCCCGCCUGCGCCCGAGUCGGAUGCCCUGGCCCCGCUCCAGCGGCAGUGCGCGGCGCUGCAGGUCGAGAUGCUGAGGUGGCGGGCCGCCUUUGGCAGCCUGGCGGGGUCGGGGUCCGUGGCCGGGAGGCACCCCGACGCGCCGGAGCCCCUGCCGCCCGGGCAGCCCGGCCCCUCGCCGACGGGCCAGGGGCCGGAGUGCCACCCCGCCAAGCUCACGCCCGAGCCGCGCCAAGGCGCGCCGCCGGAGGGCCCGCGCGCGCGGGCCAUUGCUGCCAUGGCCCAGGCGCCCUCCCGGCGCGGAAAGCGUGGCAGGCCGUUGGGUGGCCGGCCCGCCGCCACCGACACACUGGCUCUGGUGCACGAUGCCAUGUCCUCGCCCAAGCGCCGAGCGGGGGCUCGGGGGGCGGCGCCGGGCGACAACGCGGCGCGCGGGCCGACCUUCUCCGUCUGCUGGAUGACGGCAGAGGCGCGGACGUGCAACGCCUUCCCCAAGCUGCUGCGCGCGGCGCAGGAGCUGUCGCGGCGCCUGGAGCGUGCGGCGCCGGGGGUCUGGGCGGCGCCCCGUGAUGGGACGGCCACGGGAGCUGGCGGAUUGGGCGCCGAGGAUGCGGGCGCUCCCAGCCUGCUCGCCCGCCUGCGCCAACGCCUGCACCGCCGCCUGCUGUGCUCGCUGGCGUGCGGCGAGGGGGAGGAGGGCCUGUCCCCCAGCGAGCACGCCGCGCUUGCCGCGGGCACGGCCGCCCUGGCCCGCUGCCAGGGCUCCGCGCUGCGCUGCCUGGUCCUGGACCUGCUCUGCCUGCUGGACGGCAGGGGGCCAGCCGGGGGCAGGGCCCGCGCCCUGCUCCCGCCCCUCACUGCGGCCCUGGACGUGUGGCCGGCGGCGCUGGCCCCGCAGUCUGCCGACCCGUUGGGCGACCGCGUCCUGGCCGGCCUGAGGGCGCUGCUGCGCGCGGCGCACAGCCACCCCGGCCCGCCCAGUACGUCCCUGCUGCAGACGCCGGGCCUGGAGGCCGCGGCGCGGGAGGGGCUGCUCGCACUGGGCCGUGCGCACUGGGGCUGGGCCGGGUGUGGCGAGGGUGGAGGGGCCGCGACCACCGAAGAGAAUGGGCAACCAGACGACGACUCGGACCCAGGCGUGGACGAGGAUCUGGCGCCUGUGUCGGCGGUCCUGACUGACUGGCUGGCGGGUGGCGAUAAACCGAGUCCAAUCCCCGCCAGCAAUGACUCGGACACUCCUGUAUGA